CCAGAAACCAGAAGUCAUCCUUCAUGUUCAGAUUCACUGGGAAUAAUGGUUUUUUUGAGAAAGGACACUUCCUGGGUGUAAUGAGAAUAACCAAAUUUUCUCUUUCAGUCUCCAGGUUCCUCUGAUAUAAAUAAAAUCAAACUGCAUCAUCUCUACAUGGACGGAUGGGUUUCUAUUAGCUUAAGUUGGGGUCUUACCUUCCUCACUCAGACUGGUGCUGGAAUCCUUGCAAAUUGUUCACUCCUUUGUCUUUAUAAUGUUACUUUGCUCAAUGCACACGUCUUGAGACCCACAGAGCUGAUUCUCAACCAGCUGAUCUUAGCUAACAACUUAGUUCUUUUCUCUAAAGGGAUCCCUCAGACAGCGGUGGCUUUUGGAUUGAAAUCUUUUCUCAGUGAUGCUGGAUGUAAAUUUGUCUUCUAUUUACACAGAGUGGCCAGAGGCGUUUCCCUCAGUACCACCUGCCUCCUCAGUGGCUUCCAGGCCAUUAAGCUUUGCCCCAGUUUCUCUGGGUGGUUGGAGCACAGAGUGAGAUCCACAGUGUUCAUUGGCUUCUGCUGUUCCAUCUGCUGGAUCCUACAUCUCUUGUUAAAUAUGGUGGUUACUAUGAAUGUAACUGGUCCAAAAAACAGCAAAAACACGAGUGUGGAAAACAUUUACAGAUACUGUUCAUCACGCAUUCCUGAGAGACUGGUAUUCUGCGUAUCUGCAGUCAUUUACGCCUCCACUGAUGGUGUGUGUUUGGGUCUCAUGGUCUGGACCAGCGGCUCCAUGGACCUUGUCCUGCCCAGGCACAAGCAGCGAGUCCAACACAUUCACCGCAACAGACUUUCCCCCAGACCCGCCCAUGAGGCCAGAGCCACACGCACCAUCCUGACCCUGGUGAGCAUGUUUGUCUCCUUGCACUCUCUAGCGGGUAUUCUAUCAUUUUGGAUGACCCAGCUUGAGAACCCACACCCCUGGCUGAUGAACACCUCUGUCUUGGUGUCUUUCGGCUUCCCAACAUUCAGCCCCUUUGUGUUCCUUUUCAGUGAUACCAGCAUCUCAGAGUUUUGCUUUGUCUGCUGGACAAAGAACACAAAUGCUCCAAGCAUGGUCUCUGGGCCAUAA